AUGGCGGGCGCUCAGUGUGGCUGUCCUCGCCCGGAGGGGGUGGCGGCACUCUGGUUUUCCAGGCCCCCCUCAGACACCCUGAAGUUCCUUCCCCCAACUCUGCCAUCGGCAACGCCCGCAGGGCUCGCUCGGCAGGAAAGCGUGGCAGCGGGGAGCGGGCAUUGCUGGGGAAGCCGCUUGCUUCAAACCCCCUGGCAGGCUCCUGCAUCUUCAGGUGUGCUGGACUACAACUCCCAUCAUCCCUUGGGCCAUAUGGCCCCUGAGGUCUGGAGCAGAGGCUUGGGCCCCAGGCUGGUGGAAGAGAGACAAGGUGGUGUCCCUCUCCUGGCGACCGCGCAGCCGGACCUCCACCGCGAGGAUCCGGCCCUUUGGCCCUCCCAAGGGCACCCCAUUGCCGCCGCCGCCGCGUCCCUCCGCCGGGCUGCCGGCUUCCUCCCGCUCUCGCCCCGCUUCCGCCUUCCCCAGCUCCGGCGCCGGGCUUCGCGUCGCGGGUCCGGGCGAGGCCGCAGGCGGGGCCCUCCCUCCCGGAGGGGGCCUGCGAGCCGCCCCUCUGGGCGAAAGCGCGGGUCUCCGGGGGCGAGGGGGCUCCGGUGCCCCUCGUGCCCCUCGCAACCCCCGCCCGCCCGCUCCUCCUCCCGGCUGCAGGGCGCCCGCGCUCCGCGGUGGGGGGCGGGGGCCGGAGGGAGCGAGGGCGGGCGCGGCGCGGCGCGGGCGGCCUCCGCCGGCCGGAGGGGCGGCGCUCUCCGUCCGGCGCUUCCUCUCCUCGGCUCGCGGCCGCCACCCAGGAAGCGGCCUCGCUCCGCCGCGGCGCCCUCCGGAUCCGGCGCGGGGCCGGCGGGGUGCAUGGACCGCGGGUCAGCAUCGUGGCGGCCCACUUGGUCUGCCCCUUCCUCCAAAGAGCUGCAGCCGUCUCACUGCAUGCCCGGGAGAAGCUCCAGCCCUCCGGAGUGCCCCCUGCCUGGGGGGCCAUGCCACAGGACAGCGGGGGCCCGGCCUAAAGUGAAGCCAGAUGGGGGGACGAACAGCCAGCCCGGUGGGUGCGGGAGGGCCAGGCUGGGCCCAUCCUCAGAGAGAGAGAGCCUUUCUUCGCCCAAAGUGGAGCUGGCCGUGGAGGGCCAACGGCAGGCAGACCCGGAGCCCACCAAGGGGCUUGGCCACUCCUUGCGGCAGAAGCUGCAGGCUGCCGUGGGCCAAUGCUUCCCGAUCAAGAGCUUGUCUCGCUCCCCAGAUCUCUCUUCCCAGCGCAAGAUCCACCUCCGGGAGCUGAUGCUGGACACCUGCCCCUUCCCCCCUGGCUCAGAGCUGGCCCGCACGUGGAAGCUCAUCAAGCAGCACACGGUGCCUGUCUCUGAGCAUGACGGCCUGGCUCCCUUGCCCCCUGAGGACGAAGACGACCGCCUGAGGGAGCGCCGCCGCGUCAGCAUCGAGCAGGGCGUGGAACCGCCCCCGGAUGCCCUGAUCCACACCUUUGAGGUAACAGCUCAGAUCAACCCCCUCUACAAGCUGGGGCCAAAGCUGGCUCACGGGAUGACCGAGCUGGCUGGGCCCAGCUGGGCCGGGCUGACCGCCACAGAAGAACAGGAGGAAGAGGAGGAGGAGGAGGAAGAGCUGGAGUCGGGCUGGGCCGGGCUGCCCGAGGUCUGGGACGGCCUCCGGGUCCACACCCAGAUUGACUACAUCCACUGCCUGGUCCCUGACCUGCUGCAGUUGACCCAGCUGCCCUGCUACUGGGGCGUGAUGGACCGCUACGAGGCCGAGUCCCUGCUGGAGGGCAAGCCGGAGGGGACGUUCCUCCUGCGGGACUCCGCCCAGGAGGACUAUCUCUUCUCCGUGAGCUUCCGGCGCUACGGCCGCUCCCUCCACGCCCGCAUCGAGCAGUGGAACCACAACUUCAGCUUUGACGUCCACGACCCCAGCGUCUUCCAUGCCCCCACUGUGAGCGGUCUGUUGGAGCACUACAAGGACCCCAGCGUCUGCAUGUUCUUUGAGCCGCUGCUCUCCAUCCCCGUCAACCGCACCUUCCCCUUUGGCCUGCAGCACCUCUGCCGGGCCGUCGUGACCUGCUGCACCACUUACGACGGCAUUGGGCGCCUGCCGCUGCCCAGGGCGCUGAAGGAGUACCUGAAGGAGUACCACUACAAGCAGCGGGUGAGGGUGCGGCGCCUGGACACCUGGGGCACCUGAAGCAGCAGCCUGGCGGCCAUUGGUGGCAGAUCUGCCUUCUGAAUCUGCCCCUUGCUUUCCCCGUGAUGACAGUCGUAACCCUUAACCCACCCGCUCCAACCCGGUACUCUCUGGAAUCGAUGGGUGUCGCUUUCCAGGGUUCCUAGCUGGCACACUGGCCGGAAAUCCUGGGAGCUGUAGUCCGGCACACCUGGAAAGCGUCCAGUCGGAGGAAGCGACCCCGUCUCCCUCCAUGCUUCUCCAGUGUUGUGAGCACAAGUGUUAUUUAUGUACGUCUCUCUCACUUUGGGUGCAAAACUCGGUGUGGUCAAGACGUCAGGCCAUAGGGAUUUGGGGAGCGCCCAGAAUCUUUGCAAGCAAGAGCAAGAAAUCGGCACUUCCAGCUGACCAGAAAAGGGAAGGUGAAGCAGCACCCAAUACCUGGGCACCUGCUAGAUAGGAGAUCUACCCCAACUGGUGGGCUCUUUCUUAGCCGCACCGCUGCUUUGAAGGGAAAGCUACCGGUCAGCACCCUGCCUCCGGUUCUUUCCCACUCGGCACAUUAAUUGUGCAGGUCUACAGGGGAAGAAAUCACGUGCAAGCCGGGUUCAAAAGGCAGCCUCUGCGUUCUGAAGAACAAGGGCGGCUGCAGCUGAUUUGCACUUCAUCCCCCCCCCCCCCCCCUGGCAGUCCUGGGCAGCUGGUUUCUGGAGUCAUCCUGCUCCUUGGUGGUAACGGGGGGAGGGGUGGGGUGCCAAGCCAUGACAAAGAAGCAGCACAAAGAUUUCGGGUUGGGGGCAUUCCAAGCCAGUCUUUUGAGCACAAAAUGUCAUGCAGGAAGAUGAGCCGGUGCUUCUCGGUCAGUGCCGCCUCUGGCACAAUCCUGCAGUCCUUUGCUUUCCUUCCAUUCCCCCAAGCCGUAGUCACUGCUCUGGAGACCGUGAUGGCACCCCAAAUCCUGGCUGCCACAGGGCAGCAGAGGGAGCCAGAAGCGCCUUGCCUUGAGGGACGAGGCAACGCAGCUGAAGAUCCGGAAGCCUCCCUUGCGUUAUCCUUGGGGAGGGAUAACAGACAUAAUGUGGUUGCUGCUGCCUCUGAGCUCCCGCCGCCACCUGUCGCUCUGUACUGCUGUGUUUUAUCAUUAAAACCUGUUUGGUCCACUUUCCUGUUGCACCUGGAACGGGGCUGGAGGAGCAGCCUGGGAAGCGAGCGGAGCGGCUCUGAGCCCCAGCUGCCCCUCCGCGCAAAGGAAGGCCUUGUGCCCAUCCUGGGCCAACACAGGGGUGCCAAAGGGGGGACGAGCGCCCAAACCCUCCCCUUUCCCCCCCCCCCGUGAAAAACCAGGGCUGACAGGAACAAGUUGUCUUCCGACAGGCCUGCAGCUCUGCUACCUGCGCAGGGGGGCCGAGGGUCUGAUUCUGCUUUCUGAAAGGUGAGCUGGCUGCCCCCAAACUGAAACCAGCCCCGGCUGGCCAGGAAAGGGCUAGUCUAGCUGAGCAGGAGUUUUUGGGGGGGGGCGUCCAAAGGUCCCAGCUGUUACCAAAAGACCCAUGGCACUGGGCAGCUGCUGUCCAUGGUGCAACAGAAGUAAGUCGCAGUAGAUCGUUCCACGUGUGAAGAACAGAUACUGCCUUUCCUAAAGCUGCCCCCAAGACAUGCUGGGUCAGUCCCUUAGAUGAGAAAUGUCCACCUAACAGAUCAUCCUUCCUCUUGGCAGCAAUAGCAAGGGCAUUGUCCCACAGGAAAUCCACCAGCUCCCUGCCCGGGAACUUGAGCACGAGGGAUGACCCUGGGACACCCCCAAGGCAAACGCAGGAGUGUAAUUUCAAAGGCCAGUUCUGGCAGGUGGUUUCCAAAGGCCAAUCCCCAUAGAAGAGCCUGCUGGUGCAAACAAUCCACAAGCUUUGCUAUAUGACAGGUGGGCCUUUCCUGAUGUAAGACACAAUAACUGGGUUAUUAGCAGUGUGCAAAAUAGUUUGCAUUUGAAAGGUGGUUCUGAGUUUAGUUUGGACCAUUCCAGAACUCUCCCGAGAUCAGAAGGUUUCGGGGAAGGUUGGAACAAUCCAUUUUGAACAUAAAACUGAAAUUCAAAAUCUUUGGCACAUUUGAGAUACAGAAAUACCUAGGGGGGCAAACUGGGUGCUUCCAAAGGGAAAAAGGGGGGGGGAAUGAUGUGUCACAGGCAGAUGUACUGACCGCGCCCCCCCCCCAUUAUCCCAGAACAGACCCCACGAAACAAGGACACAUAAGUCUCGGUUUAUAGUUCUAAAAAGGGGACAUUCUGAGCGUUUGCAGGCACAUAAACCACCAGACAAAGGCUCCUGCCGAGCCCACAUCUGGAGUCUGUGCCGCUCAAGAGGACGAUGGGCAAGGCCUGUAACCCAAACCAGAGGCAGACCCAAGGGGGAACACCAAGUCCUUCAAGGCCACAGCUGAUCGUACCGAUGAACGUGGGGUAAAUCCGACCUCUCUCCCCCCUGCAUGGCUUCUCAAGACACCCCUGGCUGCCCUGAUGCCAAAAUUACGGCCUGCAGAAGGCAAUGGAGCAAUCUUGCUAGAAGGCACCACUGUCCAGCAAGCAGCUCUUUCUCCAAGAUGGCGCCCAUCUACCCAGGCAUGCAUUUAAAAAAAAAUAAAUCGCACCAAGCCAUUCUCCCAUCAGAACCGACUCAGUGGGCAAGAUCCUGAUACAGGUCAGACCUACCAUCUUUAAGCACUCUUAACCCACCCACCUACCCAAAUUAGGUGCGAAGUGCAGGUGGAGGAAAUCCUGAGGGUUUGAUUAAUCUCAAGGAGCUCAUCCUGGGGAUGUGAGUGGUGGAGUGAGCCUCUCAGCAGCAACCCCCAGCUUCUCCCCCUGCCCCCGCUUCCAUUAACACAACCAAGAAGAAAUACAGUGCUGGGUCAAGCCCCCGUCCCCCAAAAAACCAAGCACUUAAAAAAAUAAUACAAAAUAAGCACAGCUUUAUCAUAGAGGUUAAUAAAAAAGGACUAAUGCUUAAAUUCUGUAUAUGCCUUUUACAAAGCAAAAAAAAAAAAAAAAAACCAGAAGGGGAAAAGCAGCAAAGGAGUCCAACAAAGCAAUCUAAAGUCAGAAUUCGUUUUUUUUUUUGUAAAACUUUUUGUGUGUUUUUUUUUUAAAUAACGUAUUCAUGGUUACCAGCCAUAGUCAUAACAAAAGUUAUUCAUAAUAAAAUGUAUCUAAAAUAACAUUUCUAUUUCAAACAGGAA